CCAAACAGCAGAAUAAUGGGUGGACUUAAAGGAUCCAUCAUUGCCGCCAUGGCGCUGCUGCUCGCCUGUGCCGCCCCUGCUUCCGCCGAUGUAAAUGUGACCGCCUUGUGCCUGCUGGUCAACAAUGGCGUCUACGUGGCCAGCCAGACGGACUGCACCACGUACUACCAGUGCCUGGGAUCGGGUCCCACGGCCAUGUCCUGCCCCACCGGCUAUUACUUCGACAAGAAUGCGCAGCAGUGUUCGGCCUCCGUUCCGAGCACUUGCACAAUCAGCAGCAAUCCCUGCGAGGGCAAGGCGGUCGGCACCUUCGCUCCCUCCAGUGCCUCCUGCGGCGGUUACUACUAUUGCGGCGCCUCCGGAGCGUUGAGCGGUCGCUGUCCCAGCGGCGAAAACUUCAACCCCACGACCAUGGCCUGCGUGUACUCGAACCAGUACCCCUGCCAGGAGUCUGCCGCCACCGAAAACGGCAGUGGAGGCACCGUCACCUCCUCCGUGGCUCUCAAUCUGUGCAAUCUCGUUGAGAAUGGCAUCUAUUUCGGAAGCCCCAGCAGCUGCUCCGGCUGGAAUUAUUGCCAGGAUAACGUCCUGCACUCGGGCACCUGCGAUACUGGAUAUGUUUUCAACGUUCAGCAGAAGAACUGCGGCUACCAGCAGUCCACCUCCUGCUCCCAGGUCACCAACGAUCCCUCGCUGACGGGCACCGAGGUACCGACCACCUGCACCCAGUCGGGCUCCGUGAAGGCGGCCACCGCCUGCAAUCAGUACUACCAGUGCACGCCGAGCCUCAACUACCAGCUUAUGACCUGCCAGACGGGCUACUUCUUUGACACCAUCUCGCAGGUGUGCGUGGUGAGGACGCAGGCGAGGAACGACUGCGAUCGGUGUGUCGGCACAACGGCCACCUUCGUGAACGCCUAUUCGACCAGCAACUGCUCCGAUUACCUGUACUGCGUUAAUGGAGUUCAAAAGGCCGUGGAGACCUGUCCCAUUAAUUACUAUUUCAACGAGAAUACAGGCAGUUGCUCCAACUCCGUGGAACCGCAGUUCCUGUGCUGCAAUCCCACGGGAAGCACUGGCCAGGCCACCACCAGCGGAACCACCAGCGGAACCACCGCCAGCGGCACCACUGCCAGCGGCACCACCAGCGGCACCACCGCUGGAACUACCGCCGGAACCACAGCCAAGCCGGAUGCCACCACCGGCACCACCGCUACCACGGCCGCGAAAUAG